UGCGCCGCGGGAACGUGUUGGGGCUGCACUGCAACUGGUUUGCCGAUUCUUCAUGCCACCGCCCCCGCUGCUAUUCCUGAUUUCCGGGAUUCUCGUCAAACGUCGUAGGACCGGUCCAUCAUUUUGCUACACCAGGACUGGGUUGCUAGUCUCUGGAUUCAGCGACAUUUGUCUACUCACCUGGAAACUCUGGCAGCGGGGCACCUAUAUAUUUUGGCCGGACGCCCACGAUUCCUUGCAGUUGGCGGCGAUACCCUCGGCCAAGGCUGAUACCUCGUUUUUAACAGAUCCCAACGCGGCCGCUGACCUGACCGCCCACCGCGGCUCCGAUGCGGUCGUUGACCUGACCGCCCUUCGUGGCCUCCUCUUUCAGGCUCUUGAGGGAAUAUGCUACCUUAGCGAUGCAGUAGCACCGCUGCGGAACGAUAACGCACGGAUGCGCAGGGAAAGAGCGCAGGCACAGACAUCCACAGCUAUGGGCGCGUUUCGAAACGAGCUGCGCGUUCUACGAGACAAGCUUGCCAAAGAGCGCCAAGCCGUCAUCGCCCACUUCAGCUACUGCGCUGCCGGAACACCCUUCCAAGGCAACGACGUGUGCUGUGCUGACGGCCUCGCCGAAGACCACUGACCAUCUGCCGCAGUUACGGCCUGCACUGGAUUGGCCUGCUUGGUCGAGGGAUCCCAGUGCUGACUAGUCGCAGUGCCUACCAGCUUCAAUGGGCCUGUCAUUUGCCAGUCAGCCAACAGUAAAGCGACAGUGAACAAUCAAUGCUGGUUGCUCUGACGCCCCUAGGAAUGUUCCUGUUUUUCGCUCUGUGCGUACUCGGGCUAUCAUUAUGACAAAACUUGCGCAAAGCUUAUUCAAGGCCCCUGUCCUGCACAAGAAUAAAAACGAUGUACGA